GCCGUGAGGCCGCCGUGUUUUGUCGUUUCCCCGCGCUGAGCAGGGCUCUCCCGUUGGCGCUGAGGAUCGGAGGGCCGGCGCCGAGCACAGUGGAAGAGAGGGAGAGAAACAUUUAUCAGUUGCCUCUCAUACGCGCCCAUACAGGGACCCAGCCUGCGACCCAGGUUUCCUAAAAGACAAAAAUGGGUGACUCAGUAAACCAAUUGCAGCCGCUUAAUGAGAAGCAGAUAGCCAAUUCAGAAGGUGGAUAUGUAUGGCAAGUCACGGAUAUGAAUCGCCUACACCGGUUUCUAUGUUUUGGUUCUGAAGGUGGGACUUACUAUAUCAAAGAACAGAAGUUGGGCCUUGAAAAUGCUGAAGCUUUAAUCAGAUUGAUUGAAGACGGCAGAGGGUGUGAAGUGAUACAGGAGAUCAAGUCAUUUAGUCAGGAAGGCAAAACCGUGAAGCAGGAGCCCAUGCUCUUUGCGCUGGCCAUUUGCUCCCAGUGUUCCGACUUGAGCACAAAGCAAGCCGCCUUUAAGGCUGUUGGUGAAGUCUGUCGCAUUCCUACGCAUCUCUUCACUUUCAUCCAGUUUAAGAAAGACCUGAAGGAAAGCAUGAAAUGUGGCAUGUGGGGUCGUGCCCUGCGGAAGGCUGUCGCAGACUGGUACAAUGGAAAGGGUGGGAUGGCCCUUGCUCUGGCUGUGACAAAAUACAAACAGAGAAACGGCUGGUCUCACAAAGAUCUGCUAAGACUGUCGCAUCUUAAACCCUCCAAUGAAGGUCUUGCUAUUGUGACCAAAUAUAUUACUAAGGGCUGGAAAGAGGUCCAGGAAUUGUAUAAAGACAAAGCACUUUCUGUAGAGACUGAAAAAUUAUUAAAGUAUCUGGAGGCUGUAGAGAAGGUGAAGCGCACGAAAGAUGAACUGGAAGUCAUCCACCUGAUAGAGGAGCACAGGUUGGUUAGGGAACACCUUCUGACAAGUCACUUAAAGUCCAAAGAGGUGUGGAAAGCUUUGUUACAAGAAAUGCCUCUUACUGCGCUACUAAGAAAUCUAGGAAAGAUGACUGCUAAUUCAGUGCUUGAGCCAGGAAAUUCAGAAGUAUCUUUAGUAUGUGAGAAGCUAUGUAAUGACAAACUGUUAAAAAAGGCUCGUAUACAUCCAUUUCAUAUUUUAGUUGCAUUAGAAACUUACAAAACAGGUCAUGGGCUCAGAGGAAAACUGAAGUGGCGCCCUGAUGAUGAAAUUUUGAAAGCUUUGGAUGCUGCCUUUUACAAAACAUUUAAGACAGUGGAGCCAACUGGGAAGCGUUUCUUGCUGGCUGUUGACGUCAGUGCUUCUAUGAAUCAGAGGGUUCUGGGGAGUGUCCUCAAUGCCAGCACUGUUGCUGCAGCGAUGUGCAUGGUUGUCACACGAACAGAAAAAGAUUCUCAUAUAGUUGCUUUUUCAAAUGAAAUGGUACCAUGUCCUGUAACUACAGAUAUGACUUUGCAACAGGUUUUAAUGGCUAUGAAUCAGAUGCCAGCAGGUGGGACUGAUUGCUCUCUUCCAAUGAUCUGGGCUCAGAAGACAAACACAGCUGCUGACGUGUUCAUUGUGUUCACUGACAACGAGACCUUUGUUGGGAAUGUCCACCCAGCUGUUGCUCUGAGGCAGUAUCGAAAGAAAAUGGAUAUUCCAGCUAAAUUGAUUGUUUGUGGAAUGACAUCAAAUGGUUUCACCAUUGCUGACCCAGAUGACAGAGGCAUGUUGGAUAUGUGUGGGUUUGACACUGGAGCUCUGGAUGUCAUUCGAAACUUCACACUAGAUAUCAUUUAACCAUAAGCACCAGCAUGAUUCAGGUGGCCCGUUGCCAUUGGUAAUCUCACUGCAGACAUGCAGCUACUUCCCAGCUCAUCUGAAUCCCGUGGAAGAUGUGAAAAUGAUGGCGUAGUAUGUGUAUAAUGGAAAGUUGACCUUACCAAAAAAAAAGAAAAAAGAAGGAAGGAAAAAAUAGAUAAGCCCAAAGUUCUUUCUGUCUGUUAAAUAGCAGCUGGGAAGUAGCUUCAGAAUACACUGCAGUUCCCUCUAAUAGAGAACUUCUUCUUGAUCAACACUGUAAACUGUCCAGCAGGUUAGCUUUGGUAAAUAAUCACAUUUGUAUUUAAAAGAAGAGCCAAAUUUGUAAGUAGUUCCAUAUCAUGUCACUUACUGAAAAGUACUUAAAAGUUUUCUUAAUGUUUUCACUGGGAGGGGACAGCUUUGAUCAUGUCCACAUUCUCUGAAGUGCACUGGACCACGUAACUGUGACAGCACAUCUGACUCCUCUGUACACUUUAUACCAAGGGGCUUAAACAGAAACCAAGCUGGUUCGUUAAAUUAUGAGUGGGUUUUCACAAAUUCCUUUAAGAGUUUUCUAAGAUCACAUAAAUAGCUUUCUUAUUCAGUGAAAAAUACUUUGUUUUUGUUCUAUUUACUCUUAUAAAAUUAUUACCAUUAACCAGAAACAUAACUGAAGUUCCUGGGAACGGGACUCCAAAGUGUAAGUCAGCCGAGGAAGUCUCUUGGGAUUGUUUCAUUUAUUUUGGUAUAUUUUACUGCUGUGACUUGAGGGUGUGACUUGACAGUAUCCUCCGAGUCAUGGCAACAUAGCCACACAGUCAUACUUUCUUUUUUUAUAUCCUUAGGUGAAAACAACAGAAAGUUGUUUUAACUCAUUCAUUCAUAAUCUGAAAGUAUGACAAAAUCUCCAUUAUAAUCUGAUUAGCUUUUUCCUUACUGUAAAAUAUUGCUCUGAUUUCUUUUAACUAUUUUUUUUAGCCCAAUUGUAAACAGAUUUUAGAUAUUUUCUAAUUGUAAACAUGUCAACGGCCUCUUUGUUAUUCAUUGUGGCAAGACAUUCUUUUUUGAUAGAGUAAAAAGUAAUAAUAAAGCUAGGUCUUUCAGGUUUGAAAGGCCCAUUUUGAGUAGUGUGUUACCACUAACCAGUCUGUAAGAAAGUAUUUUUUUCUACUUUGUGUGUAUUAAACUUCUUUUCAUUACGCUGAAGUGCAUUAUUUUCUUGAGCAGACACCCCUUCUUUGUGGGCAGGUUGAACCUGUUCAGAUACCAGUUCCUUUGCUUAUAUCAUGGUUGUCUAACUUACACAAAACUUUAAUGUUUAUGUAUUCUUUAAAUAGUAAUUGAGAAUUUAUGUAGGAUUUUAAUAAAUCCCUUAUCGCUUACAUAAAAAGGCAGACCAGUAAAUGUAAAUUGCAGUCUUAUGUGCUUGGUUAAACCAGAGGGUUUGUGUUUUGGGUUUAGGGGGAGUUUAGUUGUGUUAGAAUUUGUGUAGGUACUAUGUUCUUUUUCAUGAGAAACUUGGGCUCUGGGGGUAACAAGAAAAUGUUCCUUUUAGACUUAUUUGAUACAUUAAUGCUAGCUCUGAUAUGUAGGCUUCAAGGAAACAUAGCAACUUGUAAAUGUUAUGAUUUACCUGAGGCUUUUGGGUCAGCACAAUUAGUAGCAACCUUCUCCCAACCAAAAAAACAUUGUUUCAGAUGUCAUUUUGUAUUUAAUCCUCUAUCAGACACCGGGUUUUAACAUCUUAACUGUUGGUAUAAAGAAUCUAAUAGAAUUGGGUUACAGUUCUGGAACUCUAUGCAAAUCCAAGAUCUUCUUAAUUUAAAAAUCAUAAAAUAUUCUAACUUUGUAUUUCUAAUGGAAAUAAAAGUAUACUUCCUUCAGUUAUAUGCCCUUCCCAUAGUAUUUUUAGACAGAUAUAUUCAGGAAUAUUCAUUAUAUUCUUAAUACUAAAUCAGAGAAGUAAGGUUAGAUGUGACCUUUUUGAAGUAUUUAGGUUAGUUGAAUUAAAUGGAUGAGAAUAUAUAAUUUAAGAAGGAAGGAAGAAAACUAAAAGGUGCUGCAGAAGGUACUUUUAUUUUCAAAUUUUGGAAUUUUAGAGCUUAAACCUUUGAAAUGUAAAAGGUGAUUUUUUUUUUUUUCUUUUUAAAAUUUAAGUUAGGGAGAUAGGUUCUAAGAAGUGUGGCUUUGGAACACUAGAUCUAGAAAUUUUCAUCCCAAUAUUCAUAUCCCCACAAAAUGGGAAAACAUUGACUUACAAGAGUAGGAGUGAAAACAGAAUUAUUCAAGACAUAUUUUUUAGGUAUUAAGAAAUAAUGUAUAUACAUAAUUGCUGUAGGAGUAGAAAAAUAUAGAAACUGUAAACAUACUUUUGUAGUUCAUUGUAAUCCUCAAGCACAAUGUCUUAAUCUAUGUUGCUAUAUAAUACAGUCCUGUAGAAAAAUAAAAAACUUCUCAUUAUGAAUAAAAUAUACUCAAGUGAUAAAGAAGUUUUAUUUUCUGAGUUACUUUUAGGAUUAUUGUUACAUUAGUAUUUAGGGAAAUGUUGCUUUAAAAAAUCUUAAGAAAAAUUAGUAAAUUCCUAUUUCCUAGAAAAUAUGUAAAUAUUUUCAGGAUAUAGCUGUAAUUAGUAAAACAAAAAUUAAUCUUGAAAUUUCUACUCUUGUUAGUUGAAAUUCCUCGAAAAUUCCAUUAAUUAACACUCAUUAUUUAGUGUAGUUUAAGUAUUUUAUAGGUACGUUGUUGAGGAAGAUGUUAGCAAAUGGAAUUCAGUAUAAACCCUCUGGAAAUUUUUGGUUUUUCUAACCUACUUUGUGACUGUAGAGCCCAAUUUCACCACUAUGAUUCCGUUUUGUUAUUUUUACAGAGUAACAUCUGAUGAUUAGAUCAUAGGAAAAUCAUUUUUAAUAUCUGUAUAAAAGUUUAAAUUGGGAACAGGGCUUACAAUACAGAUUAGAACUUAAGAAUGUAUUUUGAAAGACAAAAUGUUUUAGGAAAAUAGACUCAAUAAUUUCUUAAAACACUUCUGAGAGGGAAAAAUGGAAGAAAAAAUUCCAUAGUAAAGGUAUUGACUAAGAAGUCACUAUUCCCUGAUCAAGAGAAAGAGGGGUAUAUUCCAAGUCCAACACACCCCCUGCCCCCCCACCAUGGACCUAGAAAAACAAACUCAAUAUUCUUAUCUAAAAAAAGGAGAUGCUAUCAACAAUCAUUUGCUUAAUCUUUUAAAUGAACAGGUAAAUUACAAACGACUGAAUACUAUUUUAUCAGGUGCUUUUUUUCCCCCCUCAUUUUGAGAUUUUACAAAAAAUAUAGAAUUACUUUGGAAAUAUAAGGCAAAAUUCCUGAAUAAAUUUGAGGCUCUCUGACAAGUGAGAAACAUCUUUAAAAGCACAGUGAAGCUACAUCUAAACCACAAAGGGAAAUCACUAUGAUCACUUAUUGGGUCAAAUUAAAAAUAAGGUCUUACAAGUACAAAUUUCUUAGUAAGUGAAAUGUUUAUAGUAAAUAAUCAAAAACACAGGUUUGGACCAAUAAUAUCCUCUUAGGAAAGUGUCUCAUAGCCUCAGUGUAAACAUGCACAAAGAAAAAUUAGGAAAAAGGAUAAGGUAAACUGAGAUUAGUUGCAUUUAACUGUAUGGAUUUACUAUUUCCCUAAUAUUAGCUAAUCUCUUAUUUGUUGGAAGACUACUUUUAUACUUCUAUUUUUCUUUUAAAAGUCCUGAUAUCUUUGUCUUCCGUUUUCCUUUUUUCUAGACUUGUUCUACCUCGGUACUAAAAUGAAAGGAAAGUUACCCAUAUUACGGUUUGCGGUGAAUUUUAUACAUUGCAUUUUGUUCCAUAUAGAUUUACAGUCAUUUUUUUUUUCCAAAUUGAUAAUGGGCAGGCCUUUUGGAACAAUAUAUUGAUACAGUCUUUCCCCAAAUUCAGUUAUGUUGUAUACCUUUUGUUAGGUAUUUGCAUAAAUUUUGUGGCCUUUAAGUAAGAUCAGUUAUUCAGCCUUUGUUUGCAAUUACAAACAGACAGACCCAAAGCACUCUUGAUCAUCACAUUUGCAAAACUGAAAGGCCACUGUCGGAAUGUUUGGUCUACUAAGUACUUCACUGAGCUUACACACAUAUGACGACUUGUGGCAUAAAAGGUCUUGUAAAUAACAUAUGUUCAACUUCAACAAUUUUGGGGAUGGGUCAAACCAUUUUAUUGAGGGUUGAAGGGCUAGGAGGAUGAGAUCCAAUGUGCUCAGCCUGUCUGGAAUCGCCCCAACUUCAUAGCUGCAGAAAACUUACCUUCACCAUUUUUUUAAUUGGUGAGCUUUUUAUUUGCUUAUUAAGUUAAUUGUUAAAAUAAUACUGUGGUAAUGUUUUUCAUGUAAAAAACUAAUAAUGGAGUGAAGCAUACUAUUUUAAUAAAAUUCUAAUAAAUAACAUUUCUAUAAACCCUGAAAAGACCAAAUUAUGUAGAAAUUGGUAGAAACAUAAACUAGAGGAAUUUUGUUUAAAAAUUGUAUUACUGAAGUUAAGGUGAUAAUUUUCAGUGAGAAUCAAUUUUGUAAAUACAGAAAAAUGAAAAUACACAAAAGCUAUUUGUGAACCUAAGAUUUUUCUUUGUUUCUGUUCACCAUGUAUCAUAUUAACCUUAUGAACACAUGAUAUUUAACUUUAAAAUAUAUUUAAAUUUCAGUACUUUCAGAAGUUAUUAGAAUCUGUGCUUGCACAAAAGAAAUAAUAAGUUAGCUGGUUUUGCUUAAUGAACCCUUGGAUUAUUAAUGGUGGUGACUGAGGUUAAAGGCUUACUAUUUCAUAGUAAUUGAAACUUCUGUUUCAAUAUACAUUUGAUAAAUAGUAGCCAAGAAAAAAGUUUUUAUUGCACUAUUCUAAAUAUGGACUAAUUGUAUGGUGUGACUAGACAUAACUCUUAAUAGUUCGAGUUAUAAUAUCUUCCUCUUAUUGCCAGCUCCUGAUAAUGAUGACAUUUUUCCAAAGGGAUGAAUAUGUAUCUCCAAAGGAACACACAUACACACCUGUUUUUUAAUUGGUUGGGGAAGAGGUGUUACCUAGUUCUAAAUGUGCACUGGCUUUGUAUAAAGGCUUUGAUUUUCCAUAACUGACCACUUGAGGAAUAUUUAAAUUUCACAGACCAAUGCCUGCAUAGAAUAAAAUUUAAGUAUGCAAGAGCCUUAAAGUGAAAAACAUGAUCUUUUUGACUGCCUUAAAA